AUGGCUGGAGCUGGGCAGGACCCGUAUGAGGUGUUGGGCAUCCCCUCGAAUGCCGAUUACAAUGCCAUCCAGCGGGCUUACAAGAAGAGGGUGAGCGAAGUCAAGGGGCGGGAUGAGGCGGCGCUGCAGCAGAUCGAAGCGGCGCACUCGGCCAUCAUGAUGGCCCAGCUCACGUCGCGGCUCAAGGGAAACGUGUCUGUGGAGAAGGAUGUGCUCUACGCCGACCGCGCCAAGUACUUCCCCUGGCGCCCCCGGCUGUGGAUGGCCGCCUACGACAUCCUGCUGUACAGCGCGCUGGCACAGGCGCUGAUGCUGGCCUGGGCGCUGCUGUCGCCGCUCACCGCCGGCACGCAGCCCGUCAUCUGGUCCGCCAUUGCCGGCGCCGUGGGCAACAUCAUCAAGCAGAACCGCCUGUACCCGGUGCCCAAGGGAGGCCCGGACAGCCCGCCUGAUGAGAAGAAGCAGGGCGGCAAGAACAUCAUGCGCGGCUUCCUGCUGGCCUUCAUGGCCACCUUCAGCGGCUGCCUGCUCUUCUACACGCUGCCCGACGCCAUCGCCGCCUCGAUGGGCCGCGUGAUGCCCGCCGCCUUCUACGAGGGGCAGGCACUGCAGACCAUGCUGCUGGCGAUUGGCUCCUGCAUACUGAACUGGCUGUUUACGGCUUUCACAAGGUAG